GGCCAGCAAGAGCCCACCCGACUUGCAUACAUAUUCCAGGCAAGUAGGGUUUUGGCUUCGGGAACGCCUUCUCUCAUCUCCCACCGCCGCCUAUCUUGCUGCCGUCGUCUCCAUCUCCUCUCUGCAUCAACCAUGGCGGAGCAGACUGAGAAGUCUUUUCUGAAGCAGCCAAAGGUGUUCCUCUGCCCGAAGAAGAUCACCAAGGGGAAUAAUAAGCCUGGCAAGCAGGGCAACAGGUUCUGGAAAAGUGUUGGCCUUGGUUUCAAGACUCCCAAGGAAGCCAUUGAGGGAACCUACAUUGAUAAGAAAUGCCCAUUCACUGGCACCGUGUCAAUUAGAGGUCGCAUCAUUGCUGGAACAUGCCAUAGUGCUAAAAUGAACAGGACCAUCAUUGUUCGCAGAAACUACCUCCACUUUGUCAAGAAAUAUCAGAGGUAUGAGAAGAGGCAUUCCAACAUCCCUGCCCACAUUUCCCCUUGCUUCCGUGUGAGGGAAGGAGAUCACGUGAUCAUUGGUCAGUGCAGACCACUGUCCAAAACCGUGCGGUUCAAUGUGCUGAAGGUUAUCCCGGCAGGCUCAAAGAGUGGUGCAGUGAAGAAGGCAUUUACCGGUGCCUGAUCAAAGCAUUACAGAAUCUUACUAAGUUUGAUCAGGAAAUUUUUGAUGCCACAUCUAUAUUGUUCCAUCUGUACUAGGGUUUUUGACUCGAGAGUUCUCCAAACUUCAAGCUAAUAGUGUUAAAUUCAGUGCUUUGUUGUUUCGGUGAAGAAUAUUUAUGCAGUUACCUGGCUACCCGUCAAUAUAUAUCAUAUCAUUUACAUACUC